AUGAUAAAAAACGGAAACAGCGUUGUAUUUGAGAGAGAUAAGUGUCUCAUUAAAAACAAAUUGGAUGAAUUAGUUGCGGAAGCAUAUCUGGUUGAUGGAGUGUAUAAAUUGAAAAUACAAACACAGAAUUGUUUAUUGACAGCAGUCAGUGGAGAAACAUGGCACAGACGGCUUGGCCAUAUCAAUAGCACAGAUAUGAACAAGAUGAAGACGUGUGGACUGGUAGAAGGACUAAAUUAUCCUGAUGUGUUCGUUAUAAGCAAAUCCAGCUGUCAAACAUGCUGCGAGGGGAAGCAAUCUAGAUUACCAUUUAAUUCUGGAUCACGAGCCACAGAAACUCUUCAAAUCAUUCAUUCUGAUGUCUGUGGGCCCAUGGAGACAAUGUCAAUAGGCGGUGCUCGCACUACAGAAACUGUAACUAUUCCAGUAGUGGAGACCACAGAUUCAGUGGGGGAAUUGUUGGAGGAAUCUGCGGUGAAGACAGAAUUUCUUUACAAUCAGUCAAGUUCAAGUUCCAGUGAGUGUGAUUACUCAGAAAGCCUAAAUAAUUCUUUCCAUAAAAAAAAGGAAGAGAGUGACAAGAAAGAGAAAGAAGAAGAAACAAACAAUGUACCUCAGACAAAUGAAGAACCAAAGAAACGGCUAAGAAAAAGACCGGAAAGAUAUGGGUUUGCAAAUAUGAGUACUACAUCUAUAGGAGACAAUGAACUGACUUAUGCGGAGGCUAUCAGCGGUCCUGAGAGCCAACAAUGGCUGCAGGCGAUGACAGAAGAGCUGCAGUCAUUCGAUGAUAACCAAGUUUGGGAGAUAGUCGAUGCUCCAGAUAGUGCUAGUGUAGUGCAGUGUAAAUGGGUCUUAAAAAAGAAAAUAGAUUGUGACAAUAAAGUGCGAUAUCGUGCCAGACUUGUAGCAAAAGGUUUCACGCAGAGGGCUGGUGUGGACUAUGAUGAAACUUUUUCCCCAGUGAUUAGGCACUCAACCUUGCGUUUACUUUUAUCUUUAAGUGUGCAGUUAGAUAUGAAUGUUACUCACUUAAAUGUCACAACAGCUUUUCUUAAUGGUUAUUUGAAAGAGAGUAUAUUUAUGCACUUGCCAGAAGGUUUUCCUAAUAAAGAGCCAAAUAAAGUAAUGAAAUUAAAAAAGGCUGUUUAUGGCUUAAAACAAUCAUCUUUGGCUUGGUAUCAAAGAGUAGAUGAAACAUUGUGCAAUUUAGGUUACAGAAGAUGUGAACUUGAACCUUGUGUUUUUAUAAAAAAUCAUAAUAACAAUAAGAAAACUAUUGUUGGUGUCUAUAUUGAUGAUUUUAUAAUUUUCUCGAAUAAUGAGUCAGAAACUAAGUCCUUGAUAGAAACAUUGAGUCAAAAGUUUAAGAUUAAAGAUUUGGGACAAGUUAAACAGUAUUUAGGUAUGAGAAUUAAUAUAAGCAAAAAUGUUAUUACAAUAGAUCAGGAGAAUUAUAUUGAACAGAUAGCAAAUAACGAACGCCAUUUAUAUUUGCAGAACGGACAAACACCAUUGGACAUCGCUUCAAAGCUCGGCUACGUCACAGUGAUGGAAACACUAAAGGAAGUAUCAGAGCCUUCAGUUGCCCCGGCUUCUCAAGACAAGUACAAAGUGAUGGCACCUGAGACGAUGUUGGAAACGUUUAUGUCAGACUCGGAGGAAGAAGGAGAAGACACAAUUCUCAACGACCAACCCUACAGGUACCUUACGGCGGAUGAUAUGAAAUCUCUUGGAGAUGACUCCUUGCCCAUCGACGUGACUAAGGAUGAAAGGACCGAAUCUGCUUUGAGCCACAAAAACAUUAUGGAAAUAUCUCAUGGUUCCGUAAACGGAUUGGGUUUCCCGCCACAAAACGAGGUAGUCGUGAAGAGCGUCAGUCGAUACAGCACCGCGCAUGCGCCCGAAGGCUACUGCUACAAUGUCGAUCCUACUUUGCCAAAAUGUAGUAUUAUUCCGAAAUAUGCUUUAAAUAUUUCUUCGUGCGCAUGCUGCCUGGAUAUAACAGAAAAAAGUUACAAUGGAAAAAUUUCCUGGUAUCAUUUCUUGUGGAUGCGCGCGGCGGAGCGUUGCGUGGUUGUCGUGGGGGUGGCGUACGCGUUAUUGUCCCUCCACUUUCUGCUCAGCAACCGACAAGAAUCACUUGCAGAUAUUUGA